UUCCGGAUAAAAAAAUUGUUACUUAUAAGGAAGAUGAUCGAGUUCAAGGUAUCUGCACCGGGCAAAGUGAUCUUAUACGGAGAACACGCGGUGGUGUAUGGAAAAACUGCUGUGGCGGCCAGUUUAAACUUACGUACUACUGUUAAAUUUGCUGAACUGCCUAAAUUAGAUUCAGGAGAUAUUAUUAAAUUAGAGUUCCCUAAUGUCAAGUUAUCUUUGAAUCUUCCUUUAAACAUAUUUCUGGACUACUUCUUUAGCGAUAAUUUCAAUUACCCAUCAGUCAAGGAUAAUAAUCAAUUAUAUGCUUACGUGAACAAAUUUCUCAAUGCGAUAGAAAAUGUAAUAGACAAGGAUAACAAUGAUAGUUUUAUUAAACAGCAGAUGUUGAGCUUACAAGCGUUCUUUUACUUGCUUGUUUAUAUUGCCUACGAAGAACACAUUGAUAUAAAAGAAACUUCCUUCCACGUGCACUUGUCCACGGAACUAAAUAUUGGUAGUGGUCUAGGCAGUUCAGCAUCCUUCGCGGUAAGCCUCGCAGCAUGUUUUCUACAUUGGUCGCUCCUGCGGAAGGGCGGUCAUGAUACAUUCAAUUAUAACGAGCUUGAUAAAAUCUCGAGGUACGCUCUAAACUGUGAGCGAAUUAUGCACGAGUCUCCAUCUGGAAUCGACAAUAACGUGUGCACGUAUGGUUCGGUAAUAAAAUUUAAAGAGAAAAAACUAACAGACAUGUUGCCACAUGUAUCAAAUCUGAAGAUCCUGCUGGUCAACACGAAUGUUACUCGGAGUACAAAAGAACAAGUGAAAAAAUUAGUGGAGUUGAAGGAUUCGUAUCCUACAAUCGUUGUACCUAUCCUGGAUAGUAUCGACGCUCUAUCGAACGAUGCUUGGGAAACGCUCAAAGAAAUAAGCAACAAGGCCGAAAACUGUACAAAAAUUAUGGAACAAGAAUGGUACAAAAUAUUAUCGAAUCUUAUUCACAUAAACCAAGGAUUACUAAACGCAUUAGGCGUGUCACAUCCAAGGCUAGAAAUGAUUUGUGCAAUGGCAAAGAUGCAUUCAUAUGCAGCGAAGCUCACAGGCGCUGGUGGAGGUGGGUAUGCCUACAUUUUGCUGCCGCCGGACAUUGAAACCGAAUCCAUCAACUCUCUCUCAAAAGAGUUAGAAGAAAAGGAUUUCUAUGCCACAACAACCAGUUUAGGUGGCAGCGGAGUGAAAAUUGAACAUUAAUUAAAAAUAAAUUAAAAUGAAUGGCAUCUAUUAACUAAAUGUAAUGAUAAAAUAACUUAAUUGACGUUCUUGGUGGAAGAACGGGGAAAAGUUACAUACAUAUUUAUAUUACAAAUUUAUAUAAUAUUCUAUAUACUUAACAGAGAUAAUAAAGCAUGUAUUUGUGUAAAUAAAUACAUGGAUUAUCAGAUAAAAAAUAGAAAAAUA